ACCCUUGUUGUUUUGGUCGUGGUCCGUGAAAGUGCGAAGAUUUUGUACUUUUUCAGAACUUUAUAAUAAGGAGUGGAUUGAAAUAUUGUAGAACCGUAUUUUGUGAAAAACAUCCCCUCAAAAUGAUGCCAUCCUCGUUGGUCGAAUUCUACGGAAAACAUUCAAACUAUGCGUGUGGUUAUUGUUCUCAGAAAAGCUCUUGCCACUCAGACGGAAUGUGGGCGCACAGACUGAGCUGUGAGGAUUACCAGGAUUUGAUUGACCGGGGUUGGCGACGCUCCGGCUGUUACUGCUACAAACCGAUCAUGAACGUUACGUGCUGCCCAGCGUACACGAUCAAGUGUAAUGCACUAAAUUUCCAAAUGAACAAGUCACACAAAAAAGUAAUCAAGCGGCUGAACAAGUUCCUCCGGGAUGGCCUCAAAGAGGAGCACGAAAAUCAAGCCGUUCAAAGCACGGAAGGAAGCCUAGAUACGACUGAACACGAUCGAGGAGACUCGGAAAUAGUGGAAGCACCUCGAGCACCAUCAAAGCAACCAGAUCUUCAAUGCUUCCAAGAGGCAUCUGUGGCGCAGCGAGCGCAGGACGCUAGCUCCUUCGCGGAUCAGCCAGAUGGUCUUUGUUCGAGUAAACCCAAAAGUGGCAGCACUUCAAAUGUCUCGAAUCACUCGAGCGGUUCGGGUGUCACCAAUCCACCAAAGAAAGCAAAACUUUUGCGCAUAGAGCGUAAGCGGGAGAAACUACAAAAGAAAGGUGUUUCCGGCGAUGAGUUGGAACGCCUGAUGAAGGAAUCCAAAGGCCAAAAUGUGGCGAAAUCGUUGGAGGAUUUUCUAUCUGAAGCCCCACGAGACGAUGAACCAGCAGCACAUCGUUUAAAGAUUGAGACUAUUUCCACUUCGGGCAAAAAGUUUCAAGAGAACCUAGCCACUUCCUUCGCUCUGUUUGCUAAAUAUCAGACUGCUAUACACAAUGAUCGCCCUGGUUCGAUAUCCGACUAUCUGGAGUUUUUGGUGAACUCACCUCUCAAGACCGGUGGCGUAAUGGGUUCCUUUCACCAGCAGUACUGGCUCGACGAUCGUCUUAUUGCGGUUGGUGUAAUCGAUGUUUUGCCGUACUGCGUCAGCGCCGUCUACUUUUUCUACGAUCCUGAGUUCCACUUCCUUUCUCUUGGAACCUACGCUUCGAUGAGAGAAGUGGCAUUCGCCCGUACGUUAAACCGGCAACUUCCGUCUCUAACGAACUACUAUAUGGGAUUCUACAUUCAUUCGUGUCCUAAAAUGCGCUAUAAGGGCAAUCUGCAUCCUUCAUACCUGUUAUGCCCAGAAGUGUAUUCGUGGCACAGUUUGGAUGCUACGGUCAAAUCGAAGCUAGAUGCCAGUAAGUACAGUCGACUCAACAAUGAUCCUAAGGCACAGGACACAAACAAGCCGACCGAGCAAGAUCUGUCCGAUGUAAUAUUGCUGCAAAAUCGCAAAUGCUUACGGUACUCACAAUGUUUGCAGGCAAAUGGGCCGAUAGUGGAAGUAGAAGCCUACGCCCGUUUGGUGGGUAAGCAGUGCGCCAAACGAAUGCUUCUGGUUGUCGCUUAGCAUACAUCAGGUUGUAAAUGAGGAACGGCAUUGCAGCUUUGUGGAAGCACGUGAUGAGGGAUUCGUGUCUAAGAACUAGCGAGUAAAUGUGUUGUUUUGUAUUCUUUUCGAUGAUAUCCUUUGAACUUGCCUAAUCUAAAAAAGGAGGAGCUUAAACCGUAUCGAUCCUUACUGUUUAUUCUGCUUAAUCUUUCUUAAUACACACAUAUUGUUACACUGAGAUGUUCAUGACUGAAAUAAAAAAGUAAU